AGUCGGGCUCCGCUCUCUCUUCCGGCUCCGGUCGCUGUCUCUGUCGCCGCGCUCCGGUAGGUGGUGGGUGGUGGAAUUAUUCGCGUCGAAUUUUUUCGAAUUAAUUCAAACCGGGAGCGGUCGCGUCACUCCCAGUGCCGGCGCCAAAUCCGCACUCCGGCUUGGAGUGCAAGUUGGGACUCGCAUGCGCUGAUGAUGUUUACGGAGGGGCUAGAUCGAGACGCCCUCAAGUGGGUGCGAGAGGGCCAUGGCGGGGCGCUGAACAGCCACGAGCGCAUCGACGCGCUCCGCGCCGUACGGGGCGCCGGGGGCGGCCUCGGCAUGCCGCCGCCGGAGAAGUUCCGGAGCGGGCACCUGCCCCGCGCGGCGGUGCCGCUGUCGCACGGCCCUCUGCGCACCGACGACGGCAGCGUCGCCUCGGGAUCCGACAUGGAGGAGUCGUCGGACACCGAGGAGGUCGAAGUGUGCAGCGGCAGAUACUCAGUGGACUCGUCGCCCCGCCGCGAGGACAUCCUCAGGCGCACUGCCAUGCCGCAGUACCGCUAUGCCACAGCUCCCGGGGUGCAGAGCUACUACUCGAGUGAUUACUCGGAUCUGAGCUCGUCGAGAGACACUGCACUGCCCAGGGCGAAGGCGCAGCAGCUGCGGCGGCCACAGGAACAAGUGGGCAGAUAUGUUGAGGAGGAGGAGUACUCGGACUCAGCAGGGAGCUCGGAGUUUUCCAGCCAGGUGGAGACACGGAGCAAUGGUGUGGCCUCAAGGGGCGGGUACGCAUCUGAGUACUCUCAUAACGGUCCAGCCCGAAGAGAAGCGAACAAUGCAGGUCCUAAGACUCGGAUGGCAGCUGGAGAGAAUUACAGCCGCACCGUGCCUUUAAACCCAAGAACAUAUCAACGGGAGAACUAUUCUGCCCAUGUCCCUGCUCAAGACAAUGUGAAAUCUUCUCAAAUGGAUGGAUUGUCUGAUGUACCGAGUGCACCACCAAUUCAUGCUUAUGAUCAGGAAAUAAGCCAAGCUUCUUCUCAUGGUGUCAAUGCAAACAUAUGUGAUGAUUCAACUGUCAAAAAAGAAGAAUAUAAUGAUGAUAACAUGGAACCUAAUUUGCCUGAUAAAAGUGAGAGGAGCACUUUAAAUCCUGCGCACAGCAGCAAACCAUCUAGUUCAAUUCCUCUUCGAGUCCCCACGUUACAUGCCAGUUUGCAAGGGCCCUGGUACUCUGUUCUUGCUUAUGAUGCUUGUGUUCGCCUGUGCCUACAUGCAUGGGCUAGAGGUUGCAUGGAAGCUCCAGUUUUUCUGGAAAAUGAAUGCGCACUUCUGCGAAACACAUUUUGCCUGCAAAAUGUGCUUCUUCAAUCUGAAGAGGAGCUCAUGGCAAAACGUACAGCUGAGCUUGUUAGCAAUGGAGUUGCAUCAAAACCCAAGAAAACAAUUGGCAAGAUGAAGGUUCAAGUGCGGAAAGUCCGGAUGUCUGUAGAUGUACCAUCUGGUUGCAAUUUCUCAUCAUUGCCUGUGGUGAAAUUAAAUUCAAUUCGGUACCGUUUGUCAAAUGUACAAUCGACACUGUCCUCUGGAUGGGAGUCGGUUCGAAGGAUUCAAACUUUCCCACAGCUACCUGCUAACAGUUCCUUUUCAAAGCAUAGCUUAGCAUACAUGCAAGCAAGUGCACAAUACAUCAAGCAGGUGUCUGGUGUGCUAAAAGUUGGUGUGACUACCUUGCGUAACAGUUCAUCAUAUGAAACACCACAAGAGACUUAUUAUUGCCAACUGAGGCUUAAAAGUUUGCCUGAAGAUGAUGUUGUACCAAUGCAGCCAGGAUCUGGUGAAACACAUGUCUUUUUCCCAGAUAGCAUUGGAGAUGAUUUGAUUAUUGAUGUUUCUGAUUCAAAAGGAAGGCCCUGUGGACGUGUUGUUGCUCAAGUUGCUACAAUGGCAGAGGAAUCUACUGACAAGCUUCGCUGGUGGUCAAUAUACCGGGAACCUGAGCAUGAACUCGUAGGCCGCAUACAGCUCUACAUACACUACACAACUGCUGCGGAUGAGAACAACGCAAAGUAUGGCUCUGUUGCAGAAACUGUGGCCUAUGAUAUUGUUCUAGAAGUUGCUAUGAAAGCACAGCACAUUCAACAACGGAAUCUCAUCUUGCAUGGCUCCUGGAAAUGGUUGCUGACAGAGUUUGCAUUGUACUAUGGGGUUUCAGAUGCAUACACAAAACUGAGGUACCUCUCUUAUAUCAUGGAUGUUGCAACCCCUACUGCUGAUUGGCUUAAUCUGGUUCAUGAGCUUCUGUUACCUGUACUGAUGAAGACCCAAGGCACUACUGCAUUGAGCCAUCAAGAGAACCGCAUACUGGGGGAAGUUGAGGAGCAAAUUGAGCAAACAUUAGCGAUGGUAUUUGAGAAUUACAAGUCUCUGGAUGAAUCUUUGCCAUCAGGAUUGGUCGAAGAUUUUAGGCCUCCAACUGGUUUGGCUGCUUCUGCUCUAGAACCAGCUAUAAAGCUGUACAGUCUUCUCCAUGAUGUAUUAUCUCCAGAGGCUCAACUCAGAUUAUGCGGUUACUUCCAGGCUGCUGCCAGGAAACGAUCGAGGCGAUAUAUGCUUGAGACUGAUGAAUAUGUAGCAGGAAAUUCUGAAGGCAUAAGAGUAGAUCUGGUCACCUUUACAACAGCUUACCAGAAGAUGAAAUCUUUAUGCUGUAAUCUACGUAAUGAAAUUUUUACAGACAUUGAAAUUCAUAACCAGCACAUACUUCCCAGUUUUGUUGACCUCCCCAAUUUAGCUGCUUCCAUCUAUAGUGUGGAACUUUCGAAUAGACUGCGUGCUUUUCUUGUGGCAUGCCCUCCUACUGGCCCUUCAUCGCCUGUUGCGGAUUUGGUGAUUGCGACUGCUGACUUUCAGAAGGACCUUGCUAGCUGGAAUAUUUGCCCAAUUAAAGCUGGUGUCGAUGCAAAAGAGCUAUUUCAUUUGUACAUUGUCUUAUGGAUCGAAGACAAGCGCAGGACAUUGCUAGAAAAUUGCAGGAUGGAUAAGGUCAAAUGGUCAGGAGUUAGGACUCAGCAUAUGACCACACCGUUUGUGGACGAGAUGUAUGAUUUACUGAAGAAUACAUUGACCGAGUACGAGGUUAUCAUUUGCCGGUGGCCAGAAUACAUAUUUGUUCUUGAGAAUGCUAUCGCAGAUGUUGAGAAAGCAAUGAUAGAGUCUCUUGAAAGACAGUAUGUGGAAGUUCUGGCUCCACUUAAAGAUUGUAUUGCCCCAAAGAAAUUUGGUCUCAAAUAUGUGCAGAAACUCACGAAGCGCAAUUCAGUUGGCCCCUAUACUGUACCUGAAGAUCUGGGCAUUCUCUUGAAUACAAUGAAAAGGCUAUUAGAUGUUUUGCGGCCAAGGAUUGAGAGUCACCUGAAGUCUUGGAGUUCUUGUAUACCUAAUGGAGGAAACACUGCAGCUAUAGGGGAGAGACUUAGUGAAGUUACAGUGACAUUGAGAGCUAAAUUCCGGAACUACAUGCAGGCUGUUGUGGAGAAGCUUUCGGAAAAUACUCGCAUGCAAAAUACUACAAAGCUCAAGAAGGUCAUUCAGGAUUCAAAAGAGUUGGUGAUGGAAUCAGAUAUUCGAAGCAGGAUGCAAGCGUUAAAGGACCAGCUUGUUGAGGCAAUAAAUCAUGUACACAAGGUCUCUGAAGUCCAUGUGUUUGUUGCAAUAUGCCGAGGUUUUUGGGACCGAAUGGGACAGGAUGUCUUGAGUUUCCUGGAGAAUCGCAAAGAAAACAGAGCCUGGUACAAAGGCGCACGAGUUGCAGUAUCUGUGCUGGAUGAUACAUUUGCAUCCCAGAUGCAGCAGCUGCUGGGUAAUUCGAUCCAACAAAAGGACCUGGAGCCACCUAGAUCCAUCAUGGAAGUACGGUCGAUCCUCUGCAAAGAUGCACCUCGACAGAAGAACUCUACCUUCUAUUACUGAGCAUUUUUCGUGUACAUACUAGUCAUGCACGCUCGUCCGGCUUUUCACUGGAAGAAUCAGGAUAUAGAUACGAAAGGUCCGGACUCCAGAGUGAAGCUGUGGGAAUCUUUGUAAAGGAAUAAAGUGAAAAAGAUAAUGAUACAGAUACAGCAGAAAACAAGAGGCCCCCUGAAGUGCAUGACCAGAGAAGAUGGCCUAUCCGGAUUAGUCCAUCAAAUGGUACCAUUUUGCCGGUUAUGGUUCAAGUAUGCUGCCCGCUGCCUGUGGGAUGGUCUGCAUUGAAAACUUGUGUAGGUAGCGUAGUUUAAGUGACGCUUUAGGUUAGAUUGUUGAUCGCAUCUAGCUGUGCUCUCACAGUUUACCAAUGUUAGCGUUUUGAGGUCGAUGACUCGUUGAUAGAAAUUCAUUUCCUUCAAAUGUAUGGACGUGACAAUUGGUUGUUCUUGACGGCCUGUAUAGUAUAGUAAUGGUAGUCGAGAUAGUGAUGCCUACUUGGCGAGUCUAGAUUGCCUGGCGAAAGCGCAUUGGCAAAGUAUGUCUCUAGUUGGAUUCAGAAUGUUUUGUUAAGUA